GUCAACAGCACGUGAUACUGUUUGUCAUUGUUUUGCCGUUGUAACCGAGCGGAUGUUUACUCAGUGUCACUCGGAGAUAACCUUCGCCUCGACCGGUAAUGCAUUAACAAACUGUCAUCACUGAGUAAGAAUGAAGUGCUUUGUGGUGUUACUAGCCCUUUCGGCUGUCACAGCUGCAUGGCGAGGACCUUUCCGGAAGUUUUUAUCGAGUGGUGGUGACCUUACAAUUCCAGCAGAAGAAUGGGAAAGAUGCUGGGAAACCCUCUUCCUUACCCCCUUUUGGAAGCUGGGAAAGUUAAGGAAGCAAGGUCGUUAAGUCGUGUUAGCAUGGGCCAUCGCCACGGGCACAGUUUCUCAGGCUAUUUCACCGUCAACAAAGAGUACAACUCCAACCUCUUCUUCUGGUUCUUCCCUUCGAGAUCCAAGCCAGAAAAUGCGCCAGUCUUGGUGUGGCUUCAAGGAGGGCCGGGUGGCUCGUCCCUCUUCGGACUCUUUGCCGAACACGGACCAUUCACCAUUGACCAGGACCUUCACAUCGUUCCCCGCAAGAUCCCUGGACGAAGACCCAAUGUCCUCUAUAUUGACAACCCGGUUGGGACAGGGUUCAGCUUCACAGAAAACGAUGCAGGCUAUGCCAGGAACCAGACAGACGUUGGCCGUGAUCUGUACGCAGCAGUUUUGCAGUUUUUCACCCUCUUCCCAGAAUUGCAACGGAAUAGCUUCUUUGUUACUGGAGAAUCAUAUGCUGGGAAGUAUGUUCCAGCUUUAACAUACACCAUUCAUAAGGAGAACCCAACGGCAAAAAUCAAAAUUAACUUGAAAGGUAUGGCUAUUGGCGACGGCCUCUGCGACCCUGUGUCAAUGGUCGAUUACGGGGACUUCUUGUACCAGGUCGGCCUCAUCGAUGACUUGGACCUCAUCUACUUCAAGCAGGAGAGUGCCAAGGCGGUGGACUUCAUUAACCAGCAGGAGUGGAUCAAGGCCUUUGAGGUGUUCGACAGUCUUCUGAAUGGCGACAAAACAGAAGGUCCGUCUUACUUCACCAAUGUGACUGGACUUACCAACUUCAACUUCCUAGCACAGGGGGAACCUAAGGACAUGAGUUACUGGGAGCAGUACAUCAACCGACCUGGUGUGCGAAGGGCCAUUCACGUUGGUAAUCUGACAUUCCAUGAUGGCUCUGAGGUGGAGACUCACCUCUUGGAAGACAUCAUGAAGAGUGUGAAGCCUUGGAUUGAAGAGUUGUUGGAUAACUAUAACGUGCUGAUAUACAAUGGGCAACUGGACAUCAUCAUAGUACACCUGACCGAGAACUUCCUUAAGACCCUUAAGUGGGAACGUAGUGAGGAGUUCAAGAGCUCAACGGUACACAUAUGGCGUGUGGACGAUGAUGUGGCUGGGUAUGUGCGAGAAAUCCCUGGGUUCGUUCAGGUGAUGAUCCGGAAUGCAGGCCACAUGGUCCCGUAUGACCAGCCCAAGUGGGCGUAUGACAUGAUCAGUCGCUUCACAUCGGUUAAGUCCUUCUCAGAAGCUUAAGGGUUGUUUUGGAUGUGCGUGGCUAGCUGGGUGAAAUUGCUUGGUCUGAUUUAGCAGUAUGUGUGGAAAAGACAAUUGAUUUUUUCCAUACGAUGAGGUCAAGGUGAGGAAGGCUCAUAGAA